AUGGACCCAGCAGACUCCGAACCACCCUCUGCAUCCAAGUUGCUGUCUCAGACUGGUAACUUUAGGAGAAGCCUGCAGGCACUCCUUGUUCCGUCCAGUGAGGCUGUUAGCCCCCAGCCAGAUCCUGCCCCCACAUCCACUGGCUGCAGGCCAGAGUGCCAGGGCCUUCGGGUGGGACAGGUGAGCCUCAAACCAGCCGAUCCCACUUCGAAUCUUCAGCCUGCACAGGUGCAGUUCUCUCCACACGCUGAGGUCUCUCAGGAGUCCCCAUUCUGCAGAACCAGACUUGCCCGCAAGCCUCCCUCCCGAAGGAGACGUGGUGCUAAGCUUUGGCCAACCUGGUCAUCCGACACCAUGCCUCCUGUGCCCAGCUUAGAGGCGCCUGUUCCUGUGCCCGCAGCCGAGUCCGCUCCUGUGCCCGCAGCCACGCCGGCAGCCCAGCCGCCCGAGGCCACGCCCCCCUCUGACUGUCUGCCCGAGCUGGAUCCGCCUCGCUCUGACUUUCCGGUCCCGCCUCUGCCCGAGCCGGUCCCGCCUCACUCUGACUGUCCGGUCCCGCUUCUGCCCGAGCCCCUCUCUGUUCACCCUGUUGAAGUCCUGUCUGUUGGCGUGUGGAGCAGCAGCAACAUCAGUCUCUGA